GAUUUUGUCAUAAUACAUUUCAUAGAUGUUGCUAUGCUAGACAUGCUAUCUGCUCACGAUAUCCAAAUGUACAGAAAGAUGGACUUUAUUCAAGUGCUAAAAUUUAAAACAUGAAUGAGCUAUUGUGUCAAUAUUUAUAAAUGUAACAAUUCCAUAAAAUGAAUAUAUAUAAAUAUAAAAUGAAUAGAUAAUUAUUUUUAACGAAUUUAAAAAUAAUUAUCGUUAGUUAUACAUUAGUUACAUGGACUGUUUACAGUCACUUUUGCUUUCUUUGAGAUUUCCGAUUCAUUUUCUUUUAACAUGAACGCAACAAAGUCGACUUUGCCUUCAGGAUGACAUGCAGCACCUAGCAACUUGUCAUCCUGAAGUCAUGUCUAACUUCAUCCUGGGGAUAGAUCUGGGCACCACGUCGGUGAAAGCUGUAUUGUUGGCAGCGGGCUGCAGAACUGUGGCUGCGGGUCACUCGGAACCAACCGCCGCCGAUGUUAGCGACGACCGCGGGAUAAAGGCGAAAGAGCAGGACCCCGGUGGGAUAAUAAACGCUGUGGACCGAUGCUUGGCUCAGCUACCCGGAGACAAAUUGCAGCACGUCAGCAGGGUCGGCCUGACGGGACAGAUGCACGGGGUUCUGUUCUGGAAGGCGAACAGCGGCUGUGAUUGGUCAAAUGGAAACUAUUUCACACCCAGAGACACUAGUCAGCUGGUCACAUGGCAGGAUGGACGCUGCAGCAGUGAGUUCCUGUCUUCUCUUCCAAAGCCGGAGUCUCACCUUGGCGUUUCCACGGGCUUCGGCUGCGCGACGAUCUUCUGGUACAUGAAGCACAGGCCUCAAUUCCUGGAGGACUUUAGCGUCGCAGGUACGAUCCAGGACUACGUGGUGUCCAUGCUGUGCGGGUUGGACUCAUGCGUGAUGACGCCUCAGAAUGCAGCCAGCUGGGGAUUCUUCAACACCACAAGCAAUCAGUGGAACGAGAACACUCUGAAGGCUGCUGGCUUCCCCAUUCGCCUGCUUCCUCGGUGUGUGCCGCCUGGUGCCUUGGUGGGACAGACGCACUCUGCCUGGCACGGCGUUCCUGCUGGUACACCAGUAGGGGCCGCCCUAGGAGACUUCCAGUGCUCCGUCUACUCCUGCAUGAGUUCACCAGCAGAUGCAGUUCUCAACAUAAGCACAUCAGCCCAGCUGACGUUUGCCAUGCCAGCUGACUUCACACCUCCUGACUCUCCUCAGCUUGAGUCGUCCAUCUCCUACUUCCCUUACUUUGACUCGUCAUACUUGGCUGUGGCGGCGUCGCUCAACGGCGGGAACGCGUUGGCCACUUUUGUGGAAACGUUGACCGCCUGGAUGAAAGAACUCGGUGUGGAGUCGAGGGACCCGUGUAUGUAUGAGAAGCUGAUUGGCUCUGCCCUGAACCAGGAGAGCAGCGACCUGAUGGUGAGUCCCACCAUCCUGGGGGAGAGACACGACCCCCUCUGCCUGGGUCAGGUCACCAACAUCUCCUCCUCCAACCUUUCCCUGGGCCACGUGUUCAGAGCGCUUUGCCGCGGCGUCGUGAGCAACGUCACCUCCAUGAUGCCUGUGGAGCACCUGCAGCGGGUGGGCGUCCGCAGGCUGGUGGGGAGUGGGAGCGCGCUCGCACGCAACGAGGUGCUGAGGCAGGAAGUGGAGAGGGCGUUUCCUCUCCAGGUGGUUUACGGACAGAACGCGGACUCUGCUGUGGGCGUGGCUAUGGCCCUCUCUGACUGAAUCUGAACAGUCGACGGGGGAAUCCCUGCAUGUUUAUUUGAUUUGCCGAGAUUUUUUGCACAAUCUUUGAGACUUUGAUUGAAUAUAAUUGUUUUUGCUUUAACUAAUUAACAGGUUUGCUUAAAGUAGACUGUGCCAUUUAUUGUCAUAUAACAAAACUAAAGGGCAAUUAUUAUGUAAAAUUGUCUCUUUUUUAGCUGUUAUAAUGUUAUUUCCACAUCAAAAACAUACCUGAAGUGUUGCUUUGAUUCCUUCAUCCUUUUUUGAGAAAUCCUUUAAUCUCCCAUGGCAACCAUUCAGCUAGGAAAAACGCCUGGUUGCUGCCUAAAAAUUCAUCUAUCAACAAGUUUAUUAUCCUCAGAAAUUUUCUUUGUGACUCAAACACUUUGCUCUGCUUUUCUUGUCUGGAAAUAUUUUUUACAAUGCACCAUGAAGUCUUCAGAAUCUCAGUUGAAGAUCAUUUUGCUAAAGUUGUAUUUGUUUUUUUAGAUCAUUAGAGUCGAUAUAAAAAAAUAAACAAGAAUAGUGCUUAUAAAAUCGGUAGACAUUACAAAAUCAAUAGAAAUCACUUACUGAUCCCAAUCUGGAAAUCAAUAAACAUUUCUUUCUGACAGCACUUCUGUGUACUUUCCAGUCAGAGUCCUAAUUUGAGCGAAGGUCUAAUAAAUUUCAAAUGCUAUA